CACAGGAGAAGUUUAAGUGCUGAUAUAAAUCAAGUUUUGAGAUUUAACAUGAACUUGGAAAGAGAUCCACUGGUGCUGGGGAGGGUGAUUAGUGAUGUGUUGGAUCCCUUCACCAGGAGCGUCACACUUAGGGUGACCUAUGGGUCGAGGGAUGUGGGCAGUGGGCGCGAGUUCAAGCCGUCACAAGUGGUCAACCAACCCAGGGUUGAAGUGGGAGGCACUGAUCUCAGAAACCUUUACACCCUCGUGAUGGUAGACCCAGAUGCUCCGAGUCCAAGUGAACCAAACCUAAGGGAAUACCUCCACUGGCUGGUGACAGACAUUCCAUCUACAACUGGAGCAACAUUCGGGCAAGAGGUGAUGGCCUAUUGGAGCCCGAGGCCGACGAUGGGAAUUCACCGGUUUGUGUUUGUGUUGUUCAAACAGCCGGGGCGGCAAGCUGUUGACCCACCUGGGUGGAGGCAGAACUUCAGCACCCGAGACUUUGCCGAGUUCUACAGCUUGGGUUUGCCGGUUGCCGCUGUCUAUUUCAAUUGUCAGCGGGAGUCCGGCUCUGGUGGCCGGAGAAUGUAUCCAAUAUAGCUCAUGUAUCCUCUAUCGUCUAUUUAAUUAUAUAUGCACUCGAUCAAAAUAUGUGCACUAUAUAUAUAUAUAUAUAUAUAUAUAUAUAGUAUUUCUCGUGUAUUUGUACAAGCUAAGGUAGGGAUGAACUAAUUAAUCUCCCUGCUAGAUAGCUUAUUGCACAAUGUUAUAUAAGAGAUUGUGGUCACGCGCGGAGC